AUGGACGGACGCGGGCCGUACGGUCUGGCCUGUGUGAACUGCGCCAAGGGCAAAGUCAAAUGCGUUGCGAUGGGCAAUGGAGAGGGAUGUCAAAGAUGCCAUCGCCUCAAGAAGCCGUGCGAGCCGUCUCAAGGCAUACGGAAGCGGGAGUCGCAGAAUUUCAACAAUCCCCUGAUGGAGGAAAUAGAUGCAAAGCUCGACAGCGUACUCGAACUGCUGCAGUCAGCUCAUCUGUCUCCCGCACCGCAGCCUCUGUUGCCUCAAUUCUUCCACCGGACUCCGACACCCAAGCUGUCAGGAUCGUCCUCAUCGCAAGCAAACUCCACUCCAACCCCACAGCUACCGCCCGCGACAAUCCCGUACGAGAUCCCUGGGGAUCGGGACGCGGAGGAAGCUCUCAAUUUGUUUCGCGGCCGCAUGCUGCGGCUGUGUCCCUUCGUCUACUUGCCACCCAAUCUUACACCCCAACAAAUGCAACGCGAACGGCCUUUUCUCUUCGAAACCAUGCUUGCCGUCACUACCCGUUCUAUCCAGGAAAAGAUCGCUCGAGGAAAAGAGUUCAAAAAGGCCUUAGCUACCGCUAUGGUAGUGGAAAAUGAAUCUAGCAUUGACCUGCUUCUUGGGAUUUUGACCUACGUAGCCUGGGGCUACGAUCAGCACGUUAACAGACAGUCUACGCUAUCGCGUCUAAUGGAAAUGGCCGUUUCCAUUGUUCACUGCCUUCAUCUUAACAAGCCAGCUCCUUCCCAAGCAAACACACUUACUCUCUUUGGGGGAUCGCAUUCCUGGCCAAAGAUACAUUAUUCAACAAUUAACCCCUUGGAGGAAAAGCGGGCAGUACUGGGCUGCUUUCUACUAGCAUCAGUGAUCUCAAGUUAUUUUGAAGAAAUGGAGCCAAUGCGCUGGACGCCAAUGAUCGAGGGGUACCUCAAAGUAGUCGAAGAGAAUUACGAAUGGUCGGGAGAUACUGCCUUGGCCGCUCAUGUACGCCUGCAGCUACUCGCCCAACGCGCGAGACAGUUUCGCGACGAACAGGAAACACCAAUAUCCGUCCCUUUCUUCCUUAAGUCCUUUCGUCCACAGUUAGAGGUUGUUCGCAACGCCCUCCCAUCAGGCGCCAAGAAAGAUGACUGGAUUCUCGGUCACUUGCAUUACGUCGAGCUGGCCGUCCACGAAACGGCUUAUUCGGCUCAGGACGCCGCUCCGGCCCCCGUGGGUACUGUUGCUCCCAGUGUCAGCCCGAUAGGUCCGGAUGCGAUAGGUUGCAUGUGGCACAGUCUGCAGGCCAUCCGAUCCUGGUGGGAAGUCUUUCACAGAUAUCAAACAGAAGACAUCACCCUCUUCACGAUGUUCCAGUGGAUUCAAUUUGCUCGGGCCCUCGUGACCCUCUUUCGGCUGUCCACGCAUCCAGCGCCAGACUGGGAUCAUGAGGCGGUUCGCAAAUCAACCGACAUUCUCAAGAUCAUGGACCACGUGGAAUGGCGCCUUGAACAGCUUUGUCCUGACAAUAACGAGGCAUUUCCUGAUGAUAUUUUCGCUCGCCUUCAAUUCUUGGCGCGUGCUAUGCGCGCCUGGACUCAAAUGCAAUUCGAAGGCAGAGGGACACAGACGGAUCCAGAGCCAGAGGCAGAGCCCGAGCCGCAGCCACAACCACAACCACAACCCACAUGGGAGCAAAUGGGUGGUGGUCCUCUUGUAGAAGGUGUCCAGCCAGUCCAGAUAUGGAAUGCGCCCCCAAACACCAUCCACGUCCAACCCUUGCAGUUUCCAGUCCAGUAUAAUGAUCCAGGUUGGGCGAAUGGACUGGUCCUGCCAUCCCAGAGCCCAACAGCGGGGAUGCAAUUUUGA